AUGCCUUACGAGUGGGACGAGGAAAAACGGGAAGAGACCUUGAGGACCCGGGGUGUUGACUUCGAUUUGAUGGACUAUUUUGAUUGGGAUAGCGCCUUGACCUUUCGCAGCGACCGGCACGGCGAGACCCGUUGGUCAAGCUACGGUUUGGUUCAAAGCCGCCUCUUUAAGGUCAUCUGGACGCAACGCGGCGAUUCAAUUCGCAUCAUCAGCCUGCGAAAGGCCAACAACCAAGAGGACGCGGAAAUUGAUGCUCAGAUUGCAGAAGACCCGGAUGACUUUGAGGCCGAUGUGGAGUGGUUUAAGGAGGCCAAACCCUCCGAGGAAAUAAUCCCCCACAUCCUGGAAAGAUACCAUCGGGAACAACACGAAUUGAAAUCUGGGAGAAAGGAAAGACUGAGAAUCCUCCUGGAUAAAGACGUGUUGGAUUACUUCCGGGCUGCCGACGGUGAUUGGCACUCCCGGAUCAACGAAGUACUACGCCAAACGGUUGAGAGGGACGGGAAAAAGACAGAUACGUAA